AUGAAGUCUGAGUUGCGCUUUUUCGAAAAUGUGGGUAUGAAACCGAAAUACGGACCUGAACCCCUGUACCUACAAGUGGCCUCGCGCCAAAUCCCCGGGGGUACCUAUUUUCCGUAUCUAAACCUGAACCUUAACUCCGAGCUUAGUCCUAGUCCUUCCAAUCCCAUUUUAUUAAUCCUGCUACUAAUACUAACUCUACGCUUAAUCCCUGAGAACGACUUCACCUGUAAUACGGAGUGGAGGGGGCCGUAUUCCGGUGCCCAACAGAAAUUUGAAUAUAAUCGUGUUCAUUCCUUUGUUGUAAUGCUUAUAAAUAAAUAGGGGACAAAAGGUGCAAAUAUGGAAGCUGUUGAUUCAGACAACGUGGGAAAUUAACUAACCUUUUCAGACGAAAGAAGGCAGUGUUUUUACUUACAGUAUCUUAAAACCUCUAGUUGUUUUAGGAACGCCAAAAGACGAAACAACCAAUGACUGAACGGGCAUUUAUGCGCUACUCGGAUCAUUAUUUCGACCACAUAAAAUUGUCCUGUUCUCUUAAAAAGUUUCUAAAAGAAAACUAUGACGCAAGCGUAUUACCUGUUACCUGUAUAUCGGAAGCAGAAUCAAGACCAGUAUGUUUACGAUUUCAAGUUAUACUUAACGUACCUCCUCGCCGUCUCUAACUGGCAGAUAGGCUUCCGGAGGAGAGCUGGCAUAAGAGAAGGGAGCUCUUCGCGACGUCGGUACUUCAUAGAGAAAGGAGAAAAUGUGAUGAGGGCGUCAUGUUACGACCGGGACAAAUCCACUUCUAGGUCAUGGCACCGGUUACAUCCUCAGAGGCUUUGCGGUGCUGUUUGCAUAUCCGCACUGCUGUUUUCUCCGUCGUAUCAAAAUUAUGCCCCGCCCCCACCCACCUCCCGAACCGACUUCCGACAGAGUAAAGGCAUUGCUUAACCCACCUAUGAUAAUUCAUCGACUCUGUUCAUCAUUUAUCAAAUACGUAAGGGCAAAAUCGUUUGUUUCCCAUUCGUGUCCUACACUUUGUUCUGUUACGCACUAGCCCUGCCGGUUAACACAAGUGGAGCAACCUCCCCUAAAGGCCUGAGAAGUCGCAGUCUGUUUAAACUUCCCCCAGUGAGCGUCACUUAUCCAUGGUCUGUAGAGGGAUUUCUCUUCCACAAUGGGGAAAUGUUACCUAUUCGACAUUUUUAAAAGUCUACUCGCCUGUGGCCUUUUUACUUCCACUGUUUUUUCAGUCUUUCCAUGGCAGUGUUUGCAACAGUCGGUGAGGGCAUUGCUGCUGCUGCUGACUUUGACAUUCUACGCAUCCACUAACGGGAAAGUGCAUGCGCACGUUGUAACCUACUGAUCUCACGCAUUUACUGUGUAAAGUAGAUGUGACAUUUUUAGUGCACGGUUCCCUUCUGAGGCGCACUGAAGGGAAGCGUGACACCCAAGGUCAUCGUGAUCCGUCUGUCAGGAGUGACGUGAUUGAGUGUAUUGGGAAGUUCAGAUAUAACAAGAGAUAAGGUUGCCGCUGCCGCUGCUGCAACUGCUGCUGCUGCUGCUGCUGCUGCUGCUGCUGCUGCUGCUGCUGCUGCUGCUGCUGCUGCUGCUGCUGCUGCUGCUGCUGCUGCUGCUGCUGCUGCUGCUGCUGCUGCUGCUGCUGCUGCUGCUGCUGCUGCUGCUGCUGCUGCUGCUGCUAAUACUGUUACUACUGCUAGACUGGGUUAA